GUUUGCAGUCUUAAAAAAAAAAAAAAAUCAGCUUGGACUGAAGAAACCUGAAGAAGUAUCUUGAAGAAACUGGUGUUUUCCAUUGGCUGGCUGACACCAUAUUUAGAGAGCUUUGUUGCUAGUGAAUAUGUGCACAUCCUGACUAUUUCUACAUGACGGUCUGGGGCAAUAUUCGGAAUGAAGCUGCCAUCAUGUCAUCCACAUGCAGUGGCACUGAUGUUGAAGAGUUCUUGAUCAACAUUAACUUGGGGCAGUAUCUUCCUAACUUUAAAGAACAUGGCUAUAAUAUUGUGACAGAUUGUGUGGGAAUAAAUAACAGUGUACUUCAGCAAAUGGGAGUGUUGCCUACAGGUCACCGCAGAAGGAUACUUAAGCAGUUAGAUGCUGCUCUUUCAAGAAUGCAAGAAAAUGAUCUUUUGUGUGAAAAUCUAAAAUUCAAAGACCUGAAAGUUUUAGAAGAGAAGCAGUAUUCAUCCUUAGAUCAGGAGUCUCCAAUAAGUAGUUCAAGCGUAGAGGGGACUAGCUUGAUUCCUGCAACAUCGUCAGAACAACUUAAUAAACCUUACAAUGAUAAAGAAAAGUUUGAACUUGCAGAGCAAAACAUAUCAAACAAUGAUAGCUUUAAAAAUUUGGAUUUUCCUAGUUUAUACCAGAAUUCAGACAGCAUACUAAAAGCUGUCAAUCAAGCUGGAAGUAUUAAGACAAAUACUCAGCCAAAUACAUCACUGGAAGAAUCUUCUGCAUACCAAGCUGGUGAACACUUGGCUGGCUGUUUGGCAAUUCAUGAUCCUCCUUCUUCGUUUGCUCAUUCAUGUGAGACAAAAUACGAUGAAAACAAACAUUCGAUGUUUUCAGAGGAGGGUGGUAUAUCUGAUAGUAAACCAAAUUCUCCAUUCUAUAAGUUUAAAGGAGAAAUGAAAGACAAUGACUUAUAUGAUUCUUACACAAAAAACUGCAUGAAAGUAUUUCCAAGAGCAAGCCGCUCUUUUAUAUUAAGGCAUAGACCUGUACCAGAAAUUCCCGAAUCAAGUAAAAUUCAAGCUUCGAGUUCCCUUCAGAAAAGAAGAAAUGUGGAUCUUAUAAAUAUUUCUUGCACUGGGAGGCAAAUUUCACAAAACAAAACUUUCACAGAAGAAAAGCCACCCGUUAUCUCUCCAUAUGGGGAAACCUUUAUUUGUGACAACCCUAAAGGUGCUAAAUUCUUGUUAUCUGCACACAAAAGUAUUUUGGACUAUGCUCAAAUGUUUUAUGAACUUCAUGGAAACGAAUUCCUGGCUUGUGAAAAUAAAUUUGAUCUAGGAACGAAUGAAGAGCAUUGUUCUUACAAGAAUCUAUGUUCCUUUAAUAAUCAGGAAGAGAAGACAAAGGAAUUUGCAAAAAAUGAAUCUCUGUCUCAGGAAAACAAAUCAUUAGCACCAGAAGAAUCCGAAAAUGAAUCUGUAUAUUCUAGUGUGGAACAAUGUUCUUUGCCUUCAAAGAAAAAGAAAAAUAAAGCCAAAACACACUCAACAUCAUGUAGUAAGAUAAGAAGUGGAGAUUUAGAUUGCUCAGUCAGUGAACAAAUGCAUUUUCAGCAAUUUGAGGGAGAUCAAACUUCGUUUGGAAGUGAACCAAUAACACCGUAUGCUUGUUUUUAUGGACCGUCAGUAAAGAAGGCUAAAGCAGGAUGGCUGGAUAAAUUAUCCCCUCAAGGCAAAUGUGUGUUUCAGAAGCGCUGGGUUAAGUUUGAUGGAGAGAGCAUUUCUUAUUACAAUAAUGAAAAGGAAGUGUUCUCAAAGGGAAUCAUACUGCUCUCUGCUAUAGCAACAGUAAGAGUUCACGGGGAGAAUAAAUUUGAAAUUGUCACAUCCCAUAGGACUUUUGUCUUCCGUGUGGAUAAAGAAGAAGAAAGAAAUGACUGGGUUAAUACGAUGCUCAGUGCCUUGAAAUCACAGUAUGAUAACAGCUCUCAGUCUCGAACUUCUGUUGCCCCUGAGAAAAGCGGGUAUCUUGAGCUGAAAGGAUACAAAGCCAAAAUCUUUAUUCUACUUCAGGGGAGUACUGUGUGGAUCUGCAAAAAUGAGCAGGAUUUUAAGACAGGAUUUGGGAUCACUUUAAUCUCUAUGAACGUGGCAAAUGUGAGACAAGUGGAUCGGACUGCAAAGCAAUCUUUUGAAAUAAUUACUCCUUAUAAAAGCUUUAGCUUUACAGCAGAGUCGGAAAGAGAGAAACAAGACUGGAUUGAAGCACUGCAGCAAUCAAUAGCAGAAACUCUGUCUGAUUAUGAAGUAGCUGAGAAGAUUUGGUUCAAUGAGUCCAACAGGAGCUGUGCUGACUGUAAAGCUCCCAGUCCUGACUGGGCAUCCAUCAAUCUCUGUGUUGUCAUUUGUAAGAAGUGCGCAGGACAGCACAGAUCUUUAGGACCAAGAGAUUCAAAGGUCCGGAGUCUAAAAAUGGAUGCCAGCAUUUGGAGCAAUGAACUUAUCGAGCUCUUUAUCAUCAUUGGAAAUAAGAGGGCAAACAGUUUUUGGGCAGGAAAUCUUCCCGCAGAUGAAGAGCUGCAUAUGGAUGCCCCUGCAGAAAAAAGGAUAGCAUUCAUUACACAAAAGUACAAGGAGGGAAAAUUUAGGAAAGCACCCUUUCCCUACAAAACCAAGGAACAGUUGAAUAAGGCCCUGUGUGCUGCCGUAGUUAAACAAGAUGUGCUAGAAACUCUGAUGUUGCUGUUCAGUGGGGCUGAUGCUAUGUGUGCCACUGGAGACCCUGUUUACAGCACUCCAUACUUAUUAGCCAAGAAAGCUGGACAAAGACUGCAGAUGGAAUUCCUGUACCAUAAUAAGUUCUCAGAUUUCCCAAACUAUGAUACUUGUUUUGAAAGUGGCUUCUCUGAAGAUUCUUCACGUUCCACCUUUCUUUGUGAAUUCUUAUACAAAGUUUCUUCUAAUACUGCUAAGCUUCUUACAGAGAAGAAAUUAAAAGAAGAUUGCAACAAAAGAUGGUGCACUUUGGAAAGUGGCUUUCUGAGCUACUAUGAACAUGAUAAGGCUACCACUCCUAAUGGUAUGAUUGACAUCAGUGAAGUUAUCUGUCUUGUAGUGCACAAGUCAGACUUCUUUUUAAAUAGAGGGGACAUCUUUACCUUUGAAAUCUACUUAAUGUCAGAACGUGUUUUUCUGUUUGGAGCUGAAACUGCAUAUUCACAAAGAAAAUGGACUUGGGCAAUAGCUAAGCAUUUUGUUCCCCCCGUGGCUGAAUGCUUAUUAGAGAGAAACUGUGACCUCAUUGGCCAGCUGUACUACAAAGAUUGCCAUAACCUGGAUCAGUGGAGAAAAGGCUGGUUUGCUAUAGAGAAGUCAAGCCUUUAUUUUUGUCUUGAAAUGGAGAAUGGUGAAGAAGAUUCCAUAUAUCUGAGAAGGUUGCAAGAACUAACAAUCAGUAGUGUGAUGCAAAAUGGAGAGAAAAUAGAUGUCCUGUUGCUCGUUGAAAAAGGAAGAACUCUAUACAUCCAUGGUCAUACAAAGCUGGAUUUCAUGGUUUGGUAUACUGCAAUUGAAAAAGCAGCAGGUACAGAUGGUAAUGCGCUACAAGAUCAGCAGCUCAGCAAAAAUGAUGUUCCUAUUAUAGUGAACAGCUGUAUAGCAUUUGUUACACAGUAUGGUUUAGGUAGCAAGCAGAUCUACCUGAAGAAUGGUGAUUGUUCCAGUGUGGCUGAACUGCUGGAAAGCUUCAAAAAAGAUGCAAGGAGUGUUAAACUAAGAGCAGGAAAACAUCAGCUUGAAGAUGUGACUGAUGUACUGAAAGCUUUUCUUUCUCAAAUAGAUGAUGCACUUCUCACUAAAGAGCUUUAUCCAUUUUGGAUCUCGGCAUUAGAUACACAGAAUGAAAAGGAACGUGUGAGGAAGUAUGGAGCUUUUAUUCGGACGCUUCCACCAGUCAGUAGGGCAACUUUGGCUGCUUUAAUUGAACAUCUUUACAGGGUGCAGAAGUGUUCUGAAAUCAAUCAUAUGAACCCUCACAAUCUAGCCAUGGUGUUUUCCUCAUGCUUAUUUCAAACUAAAGGCCAAACUAGUGAAGAAGUCAAUGUAAUUGAAGAUCUAAUUAAAAAUUAUGUGCAACUUUUUGAUAUAAAUGAAGACCAGGUCAAACAAAUGGAUAUAGAGAACAGCUUUAUUACCAGGUGGAAAGACACUCAGGUUUCCCAGGCUGGAGAUUUGCUUAUUGAAGUUUACGUGGAAAGAAAGGAGCCAGAUUGUAGUAUUAUAAUCAGGGUAUCACCUUUGAUGGAAGCAGAAGAAUUAACUAAUGAUGUUUUAGGAAUCAAAAACAUUAUUCCCAACAAAGAUGAUAUCUGGGCUACUUUUGAAGUACUUGAAAAUGGGGAACUAGAACGUCCUCUGCAUUAUACAGAGAAUGUGUUAGAACAAGUUCUUCACUGGAGUUCACUACCAGAACCUGGCACUGCAUAUCUGAUAAUAAAGAGGUUUCUAACAGCAGACAUCAUAAAACUCUACAGUGAGAAAAAUGACAAAGGUAGUGUGAAAGCAGGCAAUCUGAAGUAUAAAGAAGAACCAUCAAAACUACUGUCUGGAAACAAAUUUCAGGAACGUUAUUUUGUGUUACGGGAAGGAAACUUGCUUCUUUAUAAGGAUAUGAAGGCUAGCAAACCUGAAAAAGUGUUGUCUGUCAAUUCCCUGAAGCUUUAUCUUGGAGUGAAAAAGAAAAUGAAGCCACCAACAAACUGGGGACUUGCAGUAUUUGCUGAAAAGCACCAGUGGUAUAUAUGUUGUGAUGGACAAGAUGCACAGAUAGAGUGGAUGAUCAGCAUUUUUACUGCACAGCAUGCAGAUAUUUGGCCACCUGCUGGAAAAGCAAGAAAACAGUCUAUAACUAAAAGUCCAAAGAUUGGAGGCUUACCACUAAUUCCCAUUCAUCAAGAGAAGACCGCUUGUAAAAUCAGAGGGAGUUCACAAAAGAUAGAACUGCAAUCUGGGAAAGCAAAAUUCGGUGAGCAUCAGGAAAAUUACUUCCUGGAAGAAAGAAAAAAAUUGAAAGAAAAAGCUUCUAUUGUGGCACAAUGUUUGGAACGGAAGGAGGAGAAAGUGCGAAAUCAUACAAAAACACAUCAGAGCGUGAUCUCUGUUGAGGAUGUGGGUGCAGGGAUGACUGACCUACACCAAAGACCACAUAAGGCACUGAAGAAAAAUAAGAACAAAACAAACAAAACUACUUUGGAAUUAGAUAAAAAAUUACCAUCAAAUGUGAUUCAGGAACUAAAUACAGUGCUGCAGAAGAACAGAGGACUUCAUGAUGAAACCUCCAGCUGAUUUCCUGAGUCUGAAGUUCGAAAUAUGAAUAUAUAUAUAUAUACCUCUGUGUGUAUUUUCCAUGUGAAAAUAGUCUUUUCUGAUGUCAUUUGUACAGUGCAAAGGAAAUAAUUUGUUUAUAUGCAGCUGUUGAUUUUGUAUAUGCCUAUGCCAUGUAUUAUAAUUUAAGAUUGAACUGAGAGAACUGAUUAUGUAGAACUGCUGAAAUUUGGAAGUUCUCCUGUGCAGUGCAGUGACACCAGGGUUUUAUCUAUUGCUUUUUCUUGCAUAUUUGUUUGAUAUAAUAGUCCUAAGCACUGUCAAAAGCUUUUGCUCUGUUUAUAUUCUGUAUCAUCUUGUAAGUACUGGAGAGAGAUUUUUGGAAGAAGACAAGAUAUGCAGUGAAAUUCAUACUGUUGGCCUGCAAUAUUUUUAAUUGUCUAACACUAUAAAAAUGAGUAACAUCUGCUUUGAGAA